AUGACCACACGGGCCGGCGCGACGGAGUGCGUGCAGUUCCUUCGAGUCCCGCUGAUCGUCGUCGGCAGCGUGCUGUGCGCCGUGGCUCUCGCCGGGUUCAUCGGGGCCGUCAACGACAUCGCAUGGCUGCUCUUCAUUUACCUCGCUGUAGUCUUCAUCGCUAUCUGGGUGCUCCUCGGAUUCACAGUGUUCGCGUUCAUCGUGACAAAUCAGGCGGUGGCGGAUGCGGUGUCGAACAAGGGCGUGGGGUCGUGGAAGACGACGGAUUUCUCCUCGUGGCUGCAGAACCAAGUCACGGAGCAGUCCAAGUGGGCGCCCAUCCAGGCGUGCCUCGCGGCGGGCAACACGUGCGGCGUGCUCAGCCAGACCAACACGUCCGCAUCCCCCUCGCUCUCUGCCAUUCAGGCCGGUUGCUGCUAUCCCCCCCAGUCCUGCCCCUUGGCGCCCCUCUCCGCCACCUCGCGCGCAGCCCUCCCGGCCAACACUUCUGAUGCCGCUGCAGCCGCCGCCGCCGCGCUCGCGUCCGCAGUCAACUCCACGAUUUCAACCGGCAGUGUCACCGGCGACUGCCUGUUGUACGGCAGCGAGCCCACGAAGCUGUGCUACGGGUGCGAGACGUGCAAGGCGGCCUUCCUCAAGACGCUGCGCGACCAGUGGCGCAUGGUGGCGUUUGUGUGCCUUGGCGUGUCGCUGCUGCUGCUCGUUGUGUACAUCGUUGGAUGCUGUGCGUACCGCAGCGCCAAGAGGCGGGAAGGGUUCUUUGGAAAGGUAUAA